ACUCAACAAAUAACCAAGCGACAUUAAAGCAGUUGUACGAAAACGGAUAUCUUAGUACUACUCCUGAAAAUCAUGAAAAUGAUGCCUUAGAUGUUAACAUUCGUGGAUUAGACGGAAAGAGGAGAAUAUUGUCAAUUAUUGCAGAUAAAAUCCUCUAUGAUAUUAUCAAAGAAAAGUUACCA